CGAGGAUGCACUGCUCAGCCCCGCACAGCGGCUCAGGGAGGCAGGGGAGCCGGGAGAGAAAGGGCAUUGCGCUCUGAGUCCGGCCCCGACUCACGGAGGGACGCACUGGGACUGGGGGGGAUUGACAGGCAGAGCCCCCUCAGCAUCACCCCAGGGUGGGGUACAACAAAGGCUUCCAUCCCCGGCAGGGGCAACCGGACUACAAAGCUCCAUCCUAAGGAUCCCCGGCAUAGUGCAGAACUGCCUUUCUAAGGAUUAUUUACCCCAGGCUGGGGGUUAUAUGAGAUCCCAUCAUUGUCUGAAGGAUUUAUCUGCCCCCCAGGAUGGGGAAUCUGGGGUAACAAGGCUGCUGUUUCAAGUAUUGGCUGCCCCAGUCUGGGGCAUAUUAGAUACGGAGAGAGUCACUUCUAAGGAUUAUUAACCCCACUUUGGGAUGUAUGGGACGCUUGUCUUCUAAGGAUUAUCUGCUCCGGGCUGGGGUAUAUUUAGAUGCCACUGCCAAGUCUUAUCUACCCCAGGUAGGGAGAUACCAAGACUGACGCUCCCAAGACUUUAAUGGGGCAAAUGACAUUCAGUAACCACUUAUCUUCCCCAGGGAGGGGUAUAUAACACCCAAAGGCUGCGAUACCAGAGGAGUACUUACCCCAGGGUGGGGUAUAUAACACCCAAAGGCUGUGAUACCAGAGGAGUACUUACCCCAGGGUGGGGUAUAUAACACCCAAAGGCUGCGAUACCAGAGGAGUACUUACCCCAGGGUGGGGUAUAUAACACCCAAAGGCUGCGAUACCAGAGGAGUACUUACCCCAGGGUGGGGUAUAUAACACCCAAAGGCUGUGAUACCAGAGGAGUACUUACCCCAGGGUGGGGUAUAUAACACCCAAAGGCUGUGAUACCAGAGGAGUACUUACCCCAGGGCGGGGUAUGUAACACCCAAAGGCUGCCAUACCAGAGGAGUAUUUACACCAAGGAGGGGUAUAUAACACCCAAAGGCUGCGAUACCAGAGGAGUACUUACACCAAGGAGGGGUAUAUAACACCCAAAGGCUGCGAUACCAGAGGAGUACUUACCCCAGGGAGGGGUAUAUAACACCCAAAGCUGCCAUACCAGAGGAGUACUUACCCCAGGGAGGGGUAUAUAACACCCAAAGCUGCGAUACCAGAGGAGUACUUACCCCAGGGAGGGGUAUAUGACACACAAAGAAAGCCAUACCAGAGGAGUACUUACCCCAGGGAGGGGUAUAUGACACACAAAGAAAGCCAAACCCAGUGAUUACCUGUUAUACCCCUGGGAGAGGUAUAUGAAACAAAAGAACUGCUCUGCCCAGCACUUCCUACCCCGCAGAGGGGUAUAUACGGCUAUGGAUCACACACAGUAACAGCCCUCCCCCAGGGAAACAGAUGGAUAACAAAGGGGCACGCCUGGGCAGGGAGUUGCCCCCACAAUAGGGGGGUAUUUAGGUGCCAGCGCUCAGACACAAUGAGGGCUGCGCUAACCCUGAUCCUUUCCGGCUUCCUCCUCCUAGUGGGGGGCAUGUUACUGAGCCGGAGGGAACCCCACCCCAUUGAGCACCCCAAGGACCCUCCUCAUCGAUUCCCCCGCUCUGUAAGGACUCCCCCCACAGUAGGGGCCACUUUCCAUUCUGCGGGUUCCCCUCCCCUUACUACUGGAUAUAAACCUACAGAUAAGAGCACAAGGGCCCCCGCUGACUCCCCCCUGGAGCAGGGUAUCUUCUGGCCCCCGGCGCUGGAGCAAGCCCUGCCCAUGGGGUUCCCGCUGGAGGCUGCGGAGCGGUGGAAGGAGACUGCUCGCUCCGCGGGUGUCGUGGCUUUAGAGAGAGGCUGCGGAAGGAGCACUAACCGUAUGGCGACCCUGUCCGACGGGAGUCGGGUGUGUGUGCGCUACGGGAUCAACCCCGAACAGAUCCAGGGGGAACUACUGUCCUACUACCUGUCCCGCCUACUGGGGCUCCGGGGGGUCCCACCCUGUGUGCUCUCACGGGUGGGCAGCCCUCAGUGGGCUCCUGUACAAACAGAACUAGCGGCCACAGGGUGGACCCAAGGAGCCCUGGUGAGCUUCACCCCCUGGCUGCACAAUCUAAGCUCAGUAUUGCCCCCUAUGGCUUUACGCGCCCAGGAUGGAAAGCUCCGCCCCCUGCGCACAGAGCUCGGCAAGGGCGGUGCCACCAUGCUGGAGUUGGCGCAAUGGGCAGACCUCAUUUUGUUUGACUAUUUGACUGCCAACUUUGACCGGCUAGUGAGCAAUCUGUUCAGUCUUCAAUGGGACCCGCACAUUAUGCUACGCGGUACCAACAACCUACACCGCACCCCGGAUGGGGCCCUGGUACUGCUGGACAACGAGGCUGGCUUUGCUCAUGGUUACAGGCUAUUGGGUACCUGGGACAAAUACAACGAGCAGCUGCUGGGCACCGUGUGCGUGUUCCGCCGGAGUGUGGUGCGCAAAGUGCGCGAAAUGUAUCUGGCGCGGAACUUUGCGCAGGAGCUGCAAGCGCUUUACCUACAGGAGGAGCCGCUGGCCGCGGAACUCGGUCUCCUCUCUGAGGCCCAGGCUCAGACUCUACAGGGCAGGGUGGGACAUGAGUAUAAACACAUGCUAAGCUGUCAGGACAAGUACAGCUGAAUGGGAGAGUGUGCGACUUACCCUUUAAAAACCAGAGGUAGCCAGUGCCAAGCCCAUGUGGAUAAUGCUGGGUUACUGAGACAUUUGUGUGGGUUGUAGGGCAGAGUUGCCUAAAUGCUGCUCACUGUGCUAUAGGGGAAUGGUGUUAAGAUGGGAGUAGUUAGUACAGAGAGGAUACAAGGGCCCCUGGCUGGUAUGUUGCCCAGACUAGGGUAUUACAGCUGGGCAGACACUGAUGGUAUUUUGUGUAAGAGGGGUAUUAAGGGUCCUGGAAUUGGAUGACGUGUGUCCAAUCACUGGCAACCAUUCAGGAAGGGUUUCAGGGGUCAUGGAGCUGGAUGAAGUCCGACCAAUCACUGACAGCCAUUUGAUAAUGAUCUGAGUUAAAGGCAAAGCUAUGCAGGGUGUUCGCCAGGGCAUGCCCACAUCAAAGACCAGCAUUUCAUACACAACAUUACUCCCACUUCCUGUGCAAUUAGCCCUGUCCUUUUCCCACACUCCCUUGGGCUGGGGGGGUAUUAGCUAAAUAAUAUAAUUACAGGUCCAACCACAACAAAUAUGGGAGAGGGGUCAAUUAACUCGGGGACUGGUACAACUGGGCAAGAUAGGGUAGAACUGUGCCAAAUAACGUGCCACUUGCAAAUUAAAAAAGGGCGCAGCUGCCCCAGAACCUCUUGGGAGAGCAGAGGUGCCAACUUAUUUCUGCUGAUAAACAACAGCCCAAUGGCUGCUCAGUGGCCUCUAGUGUUGUUAUUUGUUUUAAAGGGGAAGCUAACCUAAGACAUAAUAAGACAAACAAUUAGUCCUCAUCUAUAUUGCAUUUUUAAAACCUUUACAUUUUUUCAUGCACCCCAAGGAUAAAGGCAAAUCCAGUUGCUUAGAACUUUUCCACCUGCAACAUAUAAUUAUUUGAUCUAUAGGUAAGUUCCCCUUUAAAUCGUUUAACCAAUCCCUCCCUCUAUCGCCUGCUCUAGGGGGCAUAUUGGGCUUCAGAUGUUCCAUAUUAUUCAGGAAAGGGCCCAGUAGCGAGUGCAAUUGGACAGACAGGUGUAAGGGGUAGGGGGUUUGCUUUAUCAUCCACUUAUUGUACAGCGCUGCGGAAUAUGUUGGCGCUUUAUAAGUAAAUGUUAAUAAUAAUAAUAAUAUCCAGAAACUGGGCAGCCCAGGGGGCCUUCUGACCCUCCACCCAUUCCCUUGUCUCCCCAUAAGCUGCUGUAGCACAGCAUUGCCUUGCCAUCUCAUUUAUUGCAGCAGGGGAUUAUGGGAGCUGUAGUUCUAUAACAGCCAGAGCAGUAAACCUACCAUAAUGCUCCUGUAUAAAAACCUAGGGACCAAUAUGACGGCGCCGGUACUCCGGCUGCGUAGUUUUAUAGGCAAUAAGCAGAUUGCCUCAGGACCAAAAAGCCCCGUUAGUGCAAAUGGUACUUUCCAAGGGGAAGUAAAAUGUAGCAUGAUAUUGAUAUUAAUAUAUGUGUUAGAUAGGGAAAUCUUUUAAAGCUCCCAUUGCUCCUUCUUUGUCCAGGGCUGGAGUUUGAGCCUCUCAGGUUCCAGGCUAUGUAGCUGCUGUUGAACUGCAACUCCCAGCAUCCUCAGCGCUGCAGUUCACCAAUAGCUGGAGCAUUGUAGGUUUAACAUCCACUAUAUACUGAAACUAUCUUAUUAAAUUGAUAUAUAGUAUAAUAUAUGUCCCUAGUACUGUACAUUCCCCCCCCCCCCCACUCUUUAGUGCCAAGGGCAAGUACCCUUUCUGCCCUACCCUAAUGCCCACCCUGCCCAAUACACAAAUGCUGUGACAGAUAAUAAUAAAGUGAUGGCGUCGGUACUCCGGGCCCCUGGGGGACGUCGGUUGAUGGACAGACGCAGGCUGCAGCGCAGUGUACAAGUUAUUGACAUUCCAGAUCUCUGCGGCACAAGGGCAGGCAUCUUUAAAGGGCAAGAACAAACUUUCCCUUUAACCCUUCAGGUCCUGGUGCUGUAAUCCCCCCAGUAGCCAGAGGCUGCAUCUGUCAGUUCCGAGAGUUGCAGUUCAACAACUGUGAUUUCAAUCACACUCAGCUUGCCUUUAUAAUGGGGGGGGGGUAUUAUAAAUGUUUACUUCCCCUUUAUCCGCAGGGCAAGAUUAUGUGCAGAUAGGUAGAAAACACUGGAUCGCUUACUGCUACACGGUGGCGACAGGUUGUGUCAGAGAGUUGUGGAGCCGAGCACAAUAGGAACUGGAUUUUUGCUCCCAUCGCUAUGCCGACAGGCUGUGGGGGUCCUGCCUUCAACAUCAUCCUGGGAAUUCCCAAGUGUUGUUGGGUAAAUUUGUUAUCAUUGUUUCCUAUGGAGAAAGCCACACUGCCCACAGGAAACAAUGAGAGCUACUUUUACAUUCUAGAAAUGUUUGUUUUUUUUGAGUUUCCUCCUUAACCCCUUAAUAGGGCAUAUAGUGAUGUAACUGUGUCACAGGGAGGGGCAGAAGGCAAGACCCCCAACUGUCAGCUGUAUGGUUUCCCCUCCCCAGACCCUUUAAAUAGGGGAGGGAGUAAUUGGCAUGCCUCAGGUUGUGAGUCAGACCACCCCAAAGCAUUUUAUUUUGCAGGGGGGGCAGUUCUGUUUAGUUAUGCCACAACCCUAAUCCACCCAGCCAUGCCUGAUUAUUCCAUAACCCAUCCAUGAAACACCCAAAUUCACAUUUUUGUGUCUCUUUGGGCCCCCCCGUCACAUUAAUAGGGUUCCCUUUACUAUCAGCCACAUAUGGAAUCUACAUCCUGCAUGGCUAGUUAGCAAUUAUAUUAAAUGCAUUCUGCAUGGCUGCAUAUAAAUCACUUCAGUCUGCAGCAUGAGUCUAAAUUGAUUGCUAGCCAUGCAGGAUCUGGACAUGGGCAGCCUGCCAGGGAGCCCUUGUUGCUGGUAAUUGUGGGGGAACAAUUUUCCUUAUGCAGCCACUGGUAAUCUGUGCACUAUAGGAAGUGAUAUGUGCACUCACAAAGCCUUCCCCGGGGCUGUUACACAGAAGCUGUAACAAUGUAACUGUCUGAAAGUUUUCUUAUAAAACAAGGGAAAGUGCCAGCAGCUUCCCCCCCCCCCCCCCAUGGCCAGCCUGGGCUGGUAUAGACCUAAUAAAUAGCUGUGUGCCCAUUAACAGCUGUUAGUGCCACUGACCCCGGGGGCUGGCACAGGCUCGCUGAGUACAGAGACAUCAUUCAUCUCUAUGCGGAGCAGGUUACUGGGGUGAUUUAUGGAGUCUGCUGCGGUCAGGGAGCCGUAUGUGGCGCAGAGAGCUCUGUCACCGGCUUGUCAGGGGGCUAAUCUCUAUGGGAAGGUGCAUGGAAAGCAUUAGCCUCCCUGCCCGAGGCUUUAGAGCUGCACCGUGACUCUUAUUAACCCCUUACCAUCAUCUACUCCGCACACCGGGUAUAUAAUAUUAUUAUUAGCCCUUAGCUAUAUAGCACCGACAUAUCCCCCAGCACCGUACAGAGCUUACCCAUCAGUCCUUGCCCAGCAGAGCUUACAAUCUUAGGUCCCCAUUAAUAGGGGCAAUUGUAUCAGGAGCCAACUAACUAGCCUGUACGGUUUUGGAGUUUAGGGGGAACCCAUGUACCAACAGGAAUCACCCCGUGCCCUGGCUUUAGUGGAACCAGCGCCAUUUUGGCUUUAGGUGGCACUUUACUAGGGCCCCAGGAGGCAGCAGAUCCACUGUUAAAUAUGACCAAUUACCUAACAGCUUAGAUAUUUUCAGUAUAUACUGAACUUGCCCAACCAACACUUGUCAACCUGUAAGGGCCCCAAAUGUCCUGUAUCCAUAACGUAAUAUCAGCCAUGGGGUAGAAGUGGCAUGUAGGCCGAGCUGGCAGUGAGAUUAAUAUGGAGAUAUAUGGGGUUAUGUAAUAAAAGGCACUAAGUUUGCCCAGGUGCAGUAACCUAUAGCAAUCAGCAGGUAGCAUUUACUGGUCACCUGUUUAAAAGCAACCAUGUUAUUGGUUGCUAUGGGUUACUGGUCCUGGGCAAACUUAGUGCCUUUUAUUAAAUAUGGGGGAACUAGCGUCGGCGGCUCGACACAUACUUACACUGAAAGCCAAUUUGCACUUUUAUUGCGUCCCGACAUUUUCUACCCGCGUUUAUGUACAAAAAAGAACUUAUCUGGGUCGGUUUAUCUGGAAUGUGCGGAGAAUGUGCUGUGAGACCCGGAAUAAACUCUGUGAAAUUUGAAUACAAA